AUGGCAGACACGACCGAGGUGCUGCAGAACGACCUGCUCCUGCGGGCGGCACGGGGCGAAAAGGUGGAGCGACCGCCCAUCUGGGUGAUGCGCCAAGCCGGCCGGUACCUGCCCGAGUACCACGUAGCCAAGGGUGGGCGCGACUUUUUCGAGUGCUGCCGCGACGCCGAGGUGGCCUCGACGCUGACGCUGCAGCCGAUCGAGCGGUUUGCCGGGCUGAUCGACGCGGCCAUCAUCUUCUCCGACAUCCUGGUCGUGCCGCAGGCGUUGGGCAUGACGGUCGAGAUGAUCGACAAGAAGGGUCCGCACUUCCCAGCGCCGCUAGCCGAUCCAGACGACCCCCAGGUGGCGCCGCUGCUAGCGAAGCCGGUGGCCGCCGCAGCCGACGAGCUCGAAUACGUCUACGCGGCCGUCCGGCGAACACGCGAGAAGCUGCACGGCCGCGUCCCGCUGAUCGGCUUCUGUGGCGCGCCCUGGACCCUCUUCUGCUACAUGGUCGAGGGCGGUGGGACCAGGCUGUUCGCCCACAGCAAGCGCUGGAUCUACGCCCACCCGGACACGUCUGGCCAGCUGCUGCACAAGCUCGCCGAGGUCUGCGUCGAACACCUCGCCCGUCAGGUCCAGGCCGGUGCCCAGCUCGUCCAGGUCUUUGAUUCCUGGGCCGGCGAGCUCUCUCCGGCCGCCUUUCGCCGCUUCGCCCAGCCGGCCCUCGCUCACAUCGCCGAUGCCCUGCCCCGCCGCCUCCAACAGCUCGGCCUCGCCCCCGUCCCCAUGAUCGUCUUCCCCAAGGGCGCCUGGUACGCGCUCGACGCCUGCUGCCAGCUCGGCUACGAUGUCGUCGGCCUCGACUGGCAGCACGACCCGGCCGAAGCCGUCCGGACCCGCGCCGAUCGCCCCGUCGUCCUCCAGGGCAAUGCCGACCCCGGUGUCCUCUACGGCACCCACGACGCCAUCGUCGAGGCUGUCCGCGAUAUGGUCGUCGGCUUCGACUGGGCUAAUCGCCACCAGGGCUGGAUCGUCAACCUCGGACACGGCAUCACUCCCUUUGUCAAGCCCGACGACCUCAAGUUCUUCCUCGAGGAGGUGCACAGACAGACAAAGACAUAG